AUGGAUGAAAAUGACAAUAAUAAAAUUUUAUUUUUUAAAGUUUUUAAUAAUAUAUAUUUAAACAGUCUAAUAAGAAAUCAUCGCAGAAUUUAUAAAAACCAUCAAACAGUGAUAAUCAGUUUCAGGAAACUUCUACAAUUACAUACAUAUAGAACCUAUAUAGAGAACCUUACAUACAUUGGUAAAGAAGACCAAAACUUUAAUCAAACCAUCGAUCCAUAUGUUCUACCUGCAUCUCUCAAAUCCAUUUCUUUAAAUGGUGAUUUUAAUUGUGAACUACAACCAAAUUCAAUUCCACCAAAUGUAGAGAUUAUAAAAAUUUCAAGAAACUUCAACCAAAAGAUUAAUCAAGGUGUUAUCCCAAGAUCUGUAAAGCAUCUUGAAAUGAGUGACGAAUUUAAUCAAGAAAUCGAAUUUGGUUCAAUUCCAUCCACCGUAGAAUCAUUAUUUUUUGGUCAUGACUUUAACCAAGAGAUAACUCAAGGAUCUAUUUUGUCACCAUUUGAGGUCAUAACUAUGGGUUUUGAUUUUAAUCAAGUUAUACAGCCAAAUACCCUCCCAAGUACUUUAAAGUCUCUUUCACUUGGAGAUUCUUAUAAUAAGCAAUUUUUAGAAGGUUCAUUGCCACAAUCAUUGGAGAUUUUAACCAUUGGAGAAUCUUUUAAUCAACCAAUAAUUCCAUGUACCAUUCCAAAAGGAUUAAAAAAACUAAAAUUUUCAAAAAAAUCAUUGUUCAACAAUCCAAUUCCUAAUGGCUUGCCCAAUUCACUAACCAGUCUUUCUUUUGGAAACCAAUUUCAGCAACCACUUUAUAACAUCAGCUUACCAGAAUCAGUUACCGAGUUAAAUCUUGGAAGUAAAUAUGAUUAUCCAAUCGACCAGCCAUCUCUUCAGUGUCCGGAAUCAGUCACUAUACUUUCUUUGGGUACAAGUUUUAAUCAAAUCAUCAAACCUGGUUCAUUACCAUCAAUUACAUCGCUCUCAUUUGGUGAUGAUUUCAAUCAAAUUGUGGGUCCAAAAGUUUUACCAAACACUCUCACAUCGAUCAAAUUCGGAAGUAAUUUUAAUCUGCCUUUAGAUAAUUUCGUAUUUCCAUCAUCACUAAAAACACUAAUAUUUGGGAAACAAUUUAAUCAGCCAAUUACAAACUCUUUACCAGCAUCUUUAGAAUCAGUUGAAAUGGGUGAGAGUUUUAAUGAACAAUUUAUCAUUGAAAACCUAACCUCUCUUUUAGUUUUAAAUUUUGGUCAUUCCUUCAACCAACCACUAUGCUCUUUGCCACAGUCUUUAAAGAUUUUAAAACUUGGGAACUGGUUCAAUCAACCCAUACUUGCAGGUUCAUUACCAAAUUUAGAGGAACUUUAUAUUGGUGAAUUCUUUAAUCAAGAAAUUUUACCAAAUGUAUUACCAAAUUCCAUCAAGACUCUUUCUCUUGGCCACCACUUUAAUAAAAAAAUUUACGAGAAAUCACUUCCUCCACACCUCGAGAAUCUCGAACUAAGCUUUUGUUUCAAUAACGAAAUCAAUGAAAAAAAUCUCCCAAGAAAUAUAAAAAAAAUAACUUUUGGAAACCGUUUCAAUCAAAAACUAAAACUUAGAAACUUAGAAUCAUUAACAUCAAUAAAAUUCGGUCGUAAUUUUAAUCAAGAUAUUACCUCUGAUUCCAUUCCAUCAGUCAAGAAGCUAAAGCUCUCUGAUAAAUUCAAUUCCACAAUUUCACUCGAUAUCCUAAAAAAUAUUGAAGUAUUAAAACUAGGAGAACAAUUUUCCCAAGAUCUUCCUUUUGAUAGUUUUAAUUCUUUAAAAAAAUUAGUAAUUGACCAUAAAAUAAUAAAAAAUAAAACUGAAUAA